CUCGCUCGCUCCUUUCAACCGCUCUUCAGGCCAGGAGAGCAGCGGCCACCGCUCACCGCCCCUAGCAGCAUCCAGUCAUGGCCCGGCUUGCUCUAGAGGUCGUAGUGCGACCUGUGAAAUCGCAGCAGCAGCUAGAGGAGUUUAAGAGCGUCACCGCCGCUUACCUAGAAUGGUUGGGAGAAGACCUUGGGCUCCUGGGGGGCAUUGAGCGCGAGCUGGCAAGCCUGCCUGGCAGCUAUGCCGCCGAGGCGGGGGGCAGCAUGCUGCUGGCGUAUGCGGCGAGCGGCAGCGGCGAGGAAUGCAUCGGCGCCGUGGCGCUACGGCGCCUGGCCGGGCACACGCCCACGCUGGGCGAGGGCGACGCGGUGGCGGGCGUGCCGCUGGCAGAGGUGUGCGAGAUGAAGCGGCUGUUUGUGCUGGAGGGGCACCAAGGGUUGGGCGCUGGCGCGGCGCUGGUGCGGGCCCUGCUAGCAACGGUGCCACUCCUGGGCUACCGCCUUAUGGUGCUGGACACGCUUGAGCGGAUGUCGUGCGCCAUUCGCUUGUACAGCAGGCUGGGAUUCCAGCCCUGCGAGCGCUACAACGACUGCCCGGUGCCGGACGUGCUGUACUUUGCUUUGCAGCUGGGGACAGCCACGUGAGGCAGCUUUUGCCAGGCCACUGGUACCAAAUGUUUGCAAUGAACCGUUCUUAACCUUUCUCUGUAUCUAUCUUAUCUGUAUCUUUAUUCGAUGACUAGCACUGCAAUCGCACCGACCACCUGCUUUCUGUAAACGUCUGCCCUGUC